AUGCUGCAAGCCGAUACGAGGACGACAGCCGGACGGACAACGACCGCGGCCAGCCAGCCGAAACUGGGAUACGGUCGCCGUCGACUUAAUGGGACCAUACCCUCGCACCAGCCAGGGUCAUCGCUUCAUCUUAGUCGUGACCGAUACAUUCACCCGUUGGGUGGAAGCCUUCCCCUUCGGACAUCCGAAGCACCACGAGUAGUGCGGCUGAUGGAAGAAGAGGUCUUCAGCCGAUUUGGUUAUCCACGAAGGAUCCUCAGCGACAACGGGCCACAAUUCACGGGCCAUACCUGGGCCGAAGCAAGUCGUCGGUGGGGUAGUGAACUUUGGACGACCCCCGUGUACCAUCCACGAGCCAACCCCACCGAACGCAGAAAUCAGGAGUUGAAGAAAGGCCUUCGGCUCCGGCUGCAUGAUGGGAACCAAAAAACGUGGGAUCGACAUCUGCCAGAUCUACUUUUCGGGUUGAGGCGUCGGAAAAACGCAGCCACAGGUAUGACGCCCAGCCAUCUCCUGAUGGGCAAGACGAUUCUUCGCCCAGGAGAGUGGACACUGCAGCCUGAACCAGGUCACAUGCCGCCGACCACGCAAAACGAGGACCGCGAACAGGAAGCUCGUCAUCGGCAGGCGGAGUACCAAGCUCGGUACGCCGCCGCACCCAGUCUGCCACGUGAUUUUCCGGGAGACUGGGUGUACGCACCGAAUCACCGGCUGUCGAACAAGUUAGAGGGCUACAACGCGAAACUAGCCCAAGCCCGACUAGGGCCCUACCAGAUCCUCGAUCACAUCUCAGGCGAGGUCUACUGGAUUUGGGGCGACGGAAUCGCGCAUAAGGUACAUGGAAGUGCCCUGGUACCGGCACCUACGCCCGGAAGGGCAGAGGUACCACCAACAGACUAA